GGGCAGGGUUCCUGAGGGGAAGGACACGGAGAGAUUUUCUUCCCAGUCUCCCAUUCCAGGCCGGUCCGGCAGCGUCACCUUCAAACAGGCUUGGUGCUCCGGGUCUAUUGUUUACCAGCCUCUUUUCUCUCAGAGGGAUAGAAGAAACCUUCCCCACUCCCGUGUGAAAUCAACUAAGGUGGAAACAAACAUGCAUCUAAAGGUGGAAGUGGCUGCCCAAAUUCUGCUGGGCUUCGCCUUUUGUCAGACGUUCGGUGCCCACAUUCCCUGCCGGGAGCCCUCCGAUGCAGAGCUGGAAUCCAUGCUCAGCCGCCUUCUUGCUCCUGGAGUUAGCUUAUUGGCUCCAAUGGAGGAUGUUUUACCUGACCAGGACCAGAAGUCGUGCCCUGUGAAUGUCAGCCAGACCUCAUCCCGCCUUCAAGACAGGAGCGCCUCCCCGUGGUCAUACAGGGUCAACGAAGACCCCCACCGGUACCCCCGGAGGGUGCUGGAAGCCUACUGCCUGUGUGAGGGCUGCCUGGUAGACAGGCAGGAGGACAGGUCUGUGCAGAGUGAGCCCUUUUACCAGGAGGUGCCCGUUCUGCAGAAAUCCAGCCAGUGUGAGGCAGGCCAGUACGUUUACCAGCCCAGCCGCCUGCAAGUCGCUCAGUUUUGCAUUUGCACGUUCCCUUGAGACAGGCAAAAUGCUUUCACCUGUGGCCACCACCCUGCAGCCUGCGUCAGUGCCCCUGCCAACACAACACUGCCACUGUCAUUCGGCGGGGGAGCGGAAGGAAUGCUGGAGCCUUGUGAACCAGGGCUGGCUAGGGUACUAUCCCUGGAGAAAGACAACAGUGAUCUCACGGAGACCCACGUAACGGCCAGCACACUCACCAUGCCCUCUGCUACUGUCAUUCACCAGUGACACACUCUACAGAGGACUUUCCAAUGGCCAGUCCCAUUGCUAACCUGGUUUCCUCCUUGGGGAGAUCUAGGCCACAGCCAGGUGGGACUGGCUGUUUUUCAGCUUUGCCGAGUGCUGCUAAGGCAGAGGGGACCUGCAGCCCAUGGAGUUCCCAGGGCAGCUUGCAGCUAACCCCAUUUAUAAUGCAGGCUGAGAGAGGUCCAGCCCACAAGGUGACAGGUCCACGUCAGGAUGCUCCAUCUUGAUCCAGGGAGCGGAUGCUCGAUCAAGAAGGGGCUUCACAUGCUGUGACCUGUCGUCUCUGUGAGCUGCACCUCCACGUUAAACAGAGGAGAACUGCAAUCUGCUUUCCUGGAAGGGUGCAGCCCUCGAGCUCUGGGCAGGCUGCCCAUGUGGUCCUUGGCCAGGCAAUGGUUGAGUGCCCCGUUCAUGGUCAUACACAGCUUCAGAGAAUACAAAGAGCAACCUGCCCCUCAUUCGCUUCUCAAGGGUCCUGCAGAGAGGGGAGUUGCUUUGCUGGGAUGGACGCGACCAGUGGAUUCCACUCAGGAUGAUACUACGGGAUGUGCUUGGUCUGCGGCACUGCUGUCGUCAGAAAUGUGUUUGCAGCCUGAGGAGCCAGAGCAGAAGUGGAGCCAAUGGGCUAACGCGCGUUAGAAGGUUAGCAACUGCCCAGCCCUUGGGAAUGCUCAAUUCAUAGUCAGGUGCAAUCAGACUAUGCAGUCCUGCUGCUCUGUCUUUGGAGGCCUCCAGAAGGCAGGAGGGGGAGGCGGCUUCCUCCUACAGCGGGGGUCCAUUGAACUGGGCUGCGAGGCAACAUUGCACAGGGAGACCGUGUGGCUAAUCCUCUCCACUAAUAAAUGUUACUCACCUUGCCACAGUACCUAGCUGUUGGUGGACACAACAGCUUCCGACUGAGUUUGUACCAGGCUGGCUGUACCCAUGCUGUGUGUCUGCACCCACCUGCUCAGUGUUUAGCUAAUGCUUCCGCAGCUCACCCUUGCCCAAGGCUGAGGCUGGCAGCAGGCUGGAGUCUGUGUACAGGCUACACCACUCUUCCUUUGCCGUGUGCCCAGGACCUGGCAUGGCUAGUGCCACUCACUCCCUGCUUCCUGUCCUGCAGGACAUCCCAGAAUGCACUGCCCCACAUGCUGCUGGCACCGCUCUCUGUGCUUGUCUCCUGCUGCGGCACUAUGGGGUAGCUGCCCAGACUCUUGCCAGAAUCCGUUUGCACCAGGGUAUCGUGGGAUCGGGCUGGGUGGGAACUCAGAAAAACAGCUUGGGACUGAAGUGGCUGCGUGUGCACAACUCAGCCAUGUUUGUUGUGCCCAAGACGGACAAGAACUGGUUAAAAACCACAGUGGUAUUUAUGGGACGGACGGGACCUUAACUGCUGGUAACAGGCAGGUUCUCCCAGCAGAGACUCAGUUGGUAAUGUGUUGGGAGAGGGGAGCCAUUUAGGAGCAAUGUGGAGCCCUUCCUGGUUCCCCAGCCAAGCCCUCGUGGAGGUUCAUAAACCACCUGGCCAAAGUUUCCUCAUUUUUCAUGUUCCCAGUGUCCCGGCACUUCUAGGCUCCCGCCCGGGCAGGAGCAGCAGAAGAGGGGAAUUACCAGGAGAAUCCCAGCCUGGUCCUAUUGCAGACCCAAGAAAAUGUGUGGGCUCUAAUUGCACCAGCAGCUACAAAGCUCGAGACACUGAAUCCCCUAGUAUGAAGCCUGACCUGCUUUUCAUGAGCUUGCUUUCAACUCAUCAGUCCUUAUUGCCUCACCUCAGAUGCAAUUUAAUGCCAUUGUCCUUUUCACCAGGAGGCUGUGGAUGGGGAUAACCUGGAGAUGGGAGACCCUCCAUCACCGGAAUGUGAUUCCUCUAGGUUUGGAUGGAAAGAGCCAUUCGGGGGAGGUAGUAGUAUUGUACCAAACUACUGCAGCGCUUUCAUGUGCCAUGGGAAGGCAUUUUGUGCAUGCUGUUAAAGGCUGAUCAGCACUGUUGCGGAAGCUCACCGGCCCCUAAAGGCUGCCCUCUACAGAGAGAAGGCUGCUGUCAUGCGAUACACUCACCGCCUCCUUCUGGUUGCUCGGGGGAUUAGCACUUUCCAGGUCCGAUGCCCGCUUCUGCCACUGGUUGCAUUCCCUGCUGCCUCCCUCUCACUCUCUGAGACUCUGGGUGCUCUCCCUUCGUGGCUUGGCCCUCCAGCCAAGUCACUAGGUGUUUUCCCCCUUCCAGGGUACCGGUCUUUCCGUACAACCUGUCUUCAGCAAUCUUCCCAUUUACUGCCCAGAUGGUGCCACGUCUCCGGGGACGAGAAGGGGAAUCCAGGCCCUCCCUCUACUCCAGGUUCCAGUUCUGGGACCCUCUACUCUGCAGCCAAGGUCUGCACCAUCUUCCUGAGGCUUUUCCUACACCCUCUGCCCUAGGAUUCCUUCCCUCUCGGAUAUCCAGAGAGCAGCAAUAGGUGCUUCACUGCAGCCCCCUUCUGCUACCAGCUUCCUGGCUUUAUCCUGCCCCAUCUGUUCUUUCUCAGCUGGGCACUGUCAUCAUUCAGGGGAUUAAGUGGGCCACCCAGUUCCCCUCAGCUGGGGCCUUGCUGGUGAAUUGGCCCCUUCUCAGCUUCAUUAACCCCUUCCAGGCUGGUGUCGGGUGCACACCCCACUCGCUUCCCCAGGGACGAUAAAGCAGCAGGUAGCUGGCAUGGUAGCAGAACAGUCCCUUGACAAAUGCACAGCUUGGUUCACAGAUACGGCCACCUCUUUGUACCAAGAGCUUCGUCUCCAAAUUGAAAAGACAGUGAGAUUCCCCCACCCUUUAUAACAUGAAGUAUGCCGGUCUCUGAGGACCCCAGAAGACCUUUCCUAAGGGGGCGUGCACAUUGGUUCAAGCCCAGCAGAGCAUUCUGCUUUCUGUCCUGUGUAGCUUGGAUGAGGGGAACCAGUUUGGCAGCUUCCGCACACCUUCCUUCCACCUGUUUCACUGCUGCUCCUCACACCCUGCCGUGGUGCCAGCAGCUACGUAGCCAUCGGUUAGUGGGAGACUCCCACCUCAGCUCCAUUUUGUUGUGCCAACUGGCCACCAUGGGUUUGAAUAUGAGCCCCUAAGCCUCAGGGUGUUUUGUACUGAUGCCCAGAAGAAACCCUUCCACCAGCUUCAUCAGGAUGGGAAUCACAGGCUGUGGUGCUGACCACACCCUAGGUGCAGCCCAGUUCCCUCUGGCAACGUGAGUUCCCUGUGCCCGCUGUGUAUUGGGGCACAGAAGUUAGGGAAGUGCAAAUGCACAGGGCUAACACUGAAGAAUCCAGCCCCACAUGCCGUUCCCCAGGCCAGAGCCAGCAUUAGAACCCAGAACUUCCUGCUGGCUGUCCCAGGGCACUAGGCCACAUCUGCCUCCAAGGGGCGACCUCUCCCAGUGUUAUACGACACAACACAGGAUUGCAAAGGCAUGCAGUGCCGUGACUCACUGGGGUUCUUCUGUGAGUCAACGCAGCUGAGAGGCCAGCGUCCUGAGUUACUGUACAUCACAACGGAGCAGGUGUGUGGGUGAGUGAAUCCAGACAAUUCAGCUCACUCCACAGGUGCUGUUAGGUCACAGUCAUUCCUCCCCUUGGGGUCAGGUGCAGGCCAGUUCCCUAUGGAUAUUCUCCAGUGCUUUCUCCCUUUGGAGAGCAUUCCACAGUCUGACGGAUCUCACCACAGCUAAUAAAGCCAUUCAGCCC